AUGGCGGCCGCGUGGACGACGCUCGAGAAGACGUACGCGAUGAUCAAACCCGACGCCGUGGGCGCCGGGAACGCGGAGCUGAUCCUCCGCGCCGCGGAGGACGCCGGGUUCAUCGUCGUCAAGGCGGCGCGCACGACGCUCUCGCGCGAGCGCGCCGGGGAAUUCUACGCGGAGCACCGAGGCAAGCCGUUCUUCCCUAAUCUGGUCUCCUUCAUGUCCUCCGGCCCGAUCGUCGCGGUGUGCCUCGCGAAGACGAACGCGAUCGCGGACUGGCGCGCGCUCAUGGGGCCGACGAACACGCUCGUCGCGCGCGAGGAGAAGCCGAAGUCGCUCAGGGCGCUCUACGGCACGGACGGCACGAAGAACGCGACGCACGGAUCGGACUCGCUCGUCUCCGCGUCGCGAGAGCUCAAGUUUUUCUUCCCGAACAUGACGUUAGAUCCCGUCCCGGAGGGCGCGGAGGCGAGGGAGUUCAUCAAGGAGCACCUCACGCCGACGCUCGUGAAGGGGCUCGCCGCGCUGUGCAAGGAGCGCCCGAGCGCGCACAAGCUCGAGGCGACGCAGUGGCUCGCCGAUUGGCUCAGGGCGAACAACCCGAACAGGUCGCAGUCGUACGCCGCGAACGAGUUGGUUCUGAACCCCGAGGACGAGGAAGGGGACGACUUCUUCGGGACGUCGGACACGCGGCCGGCGCGCGCGGAGGACGCGGAGGACGUCGCGGAGGCGAUCGACGACAUCGAGCAGACGGAGCUCAAUCGCGCGGCGACCAAGGUGCAGUCGCGCUUCCGCGGGUAUCAAUCCAGGAAAAACGCGAAAUUCGAUCGCCAGGCGACGCGAGGCGCGUCCUCCCCCGCGGUCGUCGUGCGGUCGCACACGGACGCGACGGAGAACGAGUUCGCGGCGUUCGAGCCGAGCGAGGAGAACGUCCGCGCCGCGAGCAUCGUGCAGGCCAACUACCGCGGACACGCCGCGCGUCGAAGCGUCGGCGCGAUGCGGGUGGAAAACGCGCGACGACUCGCGGAGGAGGAAGAAGCCGCCGCGGUGAAGAUCCAGGCUGCGCACCGCGGGAGAGCCGCGAGGCGAGACACCGCGGCGAGGGCGGCGACCGCCGGGCUCGUCUCCGGCGCGAUGGACUCGAUCUUUCAGACGGACGCGGAGGAGAACGCGGCGGCGGCGAUCGUUCAGGCGUCGUACCGCGGACACAAGACGCGAAUGGAUCUGAAACGCGCCAAGGAGCUGGAGGACGAGGAAGCGACCGCGGCGGCGAUCCUGGAGGGCACGGAGGAGGAGACCGCGGCGGCGAUCAAGAUUCAGGCGGUGCAUCGCGGGAGAGCGGCGCGGGCGGACGCCGCGAUCAGGGCUGCGGGAAGUGGUCUCGUCGCGGGCGCGCUCGGCGCCGUCGUCGACGCGGAGGAAAACGAGGCGGCGACGAAGCUGCAGUGCAGCUUCCGCGGGCAUCAGGACAGGAAACGCGUCGCGGCGAUGCGCGCGGCGGCGGCGGAAGACGGCGAGGAAGACGCGUGA